AUGGUUGAUUGUAAGCCAAUGAGCACACCACUUGAAGCGAAAACCAGGAUUGCAUCAAAUGACACUCCCCUUGAUGAUCCAAGUUACUUUCGUGGGCUUGUUGGAGCUCUACAAUAUCUCACUCUUACUCGGCCCGAUCUCUCCUAUUGUGUUAACUAUGUAUCCCAAUUCAUGCAUUCUCCUACAAUUAUACAUUUAAAAAUGGUUCGGCGUAUCUUACGAUAUGUCAAAGGAACAAUCAAUGUAGGUCUUCAUUUCACUUCCAAUACUACACUUGAUCUCUUUGCAUUUUCUGAUGCAGAUUGGGCAGGUUGUCCUACUACUCGACGCUCUACCACCGGAUACUGCACCUUUCUUGGAGGAAAUAUCAUCUCAUGGUGUGCAAAGAAACAACACACAGUCUCUCGUUCCAGCACUGAAGCUGAAUAUAGGGCCAUGGCAAACACAGCAGCUGAACUCACAUGGUUGACAUUCCUUUUGAAAGACCUUCAUGUUCCCCUUGCCUCACCUCCAAUACUCUAUUGUGACAAUAUUAGUUCUCUUCACAUGACCAUCAAUCCAGUUUUUCAUGCCCGCAGCAAGCACAUUGAAUUGGAUUACCAUUUUGUUCGCGAACGAGUUGCACUAGGCCUUCUUGCCACUCACUACAUUCCCACCAAUGAUCAAGUUGCUGACCUCUUCACUAAACCAGUGUCAAAGUCUGCUCUCGUACAUUUUCAACCCAAACUCUGCCUUCAACCUCGGCCUCGUUUGAGGGAGGGUAUUAGCAGUAUGCAGCUGUCCUUAGACAGCAGUUAUGAUACUUGUUGUACAGAGAAGGAAAAAGGCAAGACUGCAGCAAGUGAAAUCUCAUAUUGA